GCAUCGCCCGCCGGCUCCAUGGAGCUUUUUGUGAGCUUUGUCCGGCCCCGUGGGGAGACCUUGGGGUUCCCAGCUCGGCCCGGCAGCACCGGCACGGUGAAGACCCUGGGCAACACUUAUCAGUUCACGGUGGAUGUCAGCGACUUCGCCCCCGAGGACAUCAUUGUCACCACCUCCAACAACCAGAUCGAGGUGCACGCUGAGAAGCUGGCUGCGGAUGGCACAGUCAUGAACACCUUCACCCACAAAUGCCAGCUGCCCGAGGACGUGGACCCCACGUCGGUGUCGUCCUCGCUGGGGGACGAUGGCACGUUGACCAUCCGCGCUCAGCGCCAGCCCAAGCAUCCCGACCACGUCCAGCAAACCUUCCGGACUGAGAUCAAGAUCUGAGGGGUCGGGG